GAUAUUCUAUAGCCAUUUUGCGACCCCCUUUCCGUUCCUUCAUAUUACCGCUCCUCGCUUCGUCUUUCGACGAAUCCCCAAAUUAUAGCGUAGAGUUUUUCUUCUGAAUUUGUUUGUUGUUGCUGUAAAUCUUGCGGUGAAUCCGAUAGGAGAUAUGGCUCAGAGGACCGAGAAGGAGGAGACGGAGUUGAAGGUGCCGGAGACCAUCACCUUGUGCGUCAACAACUGCGGAUUCACCGGUAAUCCGACCACCAAUAACAUGUGCCAGAAGUGCUUUAACGCCACGACGGCGACGGCGUCGGCGACAGCAACAACGACGACGACGACGACGUCCUCUUCGAAUACUGGAAUAUCGGCGCCUCGAAAGUUGUCCGGGGUGAAAAGUUCGAGAUCUAGAUCCCGAUCGCCUGUGCUAAUGGAUUCCGUUCGCGACAGUAGCAGGAAUAUGUCCUUGGAUCGGUUGAAAUCUGAAGAAUCUGCCAAGCGCCAGGUGAAUCGAUGCUCCGGAUGCAGAAAGAGAGUCGGAUUGACCGGAUUCCGGUGCCGAUGCGGAGAGCUGUUUUGCGCUGAGCACCGGUACUCCGAUCGCCAUGACUGCAGCUUCGAUUACAAGGCCGCCGGUCGCGACGUGAUUGCAAGGGAAAAUCCAGUCGUCAAAGCACCGAAGAUCGUUAGAGUCNUUACUAAAAAUGAUACAAAACAAAUAAUUUCAACUUCCAAAUCAAUGGCAAUGAUCUUACCAAAUAUGGAGAAAGAGCACGACUUUUUUACAUUUCAUUAA